UUUCCGAUAAUGAUGAAAAUUUAUGUGACAAAUUAUUUUGUUUAGAAAAAACUUAUUUAUUUCAUUAACUUGAGUCAAAUUCUCCAUAAUGCGCACCGUUUUAAUGGUGGCUGAAAAGCCAUCUUUGGCACAGUCAAUUGCCAAAAUCCUGUCAAAUGGAAAUAUGACAUCAAGAAAAGGAUCAAACGGUGCAUGCUCUGUGCACGAAUACAGAGCUAGGUUUGCACCCAUCAAUGAUACUGCUACGUUUAAAAUGACAUCUGUGUGUGGACAUGUAUUUGGAUUGGACUUUAUUGGAAAAUACAACAACUGGGAUAAAGUUGAUCCGGUUGAACUUUUUCAAGCACAAACCCAGAAAAAAGAAGCAACAGAAAAGUUACACAUGCCUUCCUUUCUUCAAAAAGAAGCACGAGGAAUGGAUUACCUUGUACUGUGGCUAGAUUGUGACAAAGAGGGAGAAAAUAUCUGCUUUGAAGUAGUAGACUGUGUUAAAGGUGUGAUGAACAGAAAUGUGUCGGGAUGUACUGUGUUCAGAUCCCACUUCAGUGCAAUUACUGAUACAGAUAUUAGGAAGGCGAUGAACAACCUUGGUGUGCCAAAUGAGAACGAGGCUUUAUCAGUGGAUGCCAGGCAGGAGUUAGAUCUUAGGAUAGGAUGUGCGUUUACACGAUAUCAGACCAAAUACUUUCAGGGGAAGUAUGGUGACCUGGACAGUACACUGAUAUCAUAUGGACCGUGUCAGACACCUACAUUAGGGUUCUGUGUGGACAGACAUGAUAAGAUACAGUCAUUUAAACCUGAGCCUUACUGGAUCAUACAAGUACAGGUGACAUGUGAAGGAGCUGAUAGGACGUUAAACCUAGACUGGGAUAGAGUGAGGAUAUUUGAUAAAGAAGUUGCUCAGAUGUUUAUGGGACUUAUUAAGGCUUCAGAUACUGCAAGAGUAACAGAUAUAACAAAGAAAGAGAAAACAAAGUCAAGACCACAAGCUCUGAAUACAGUGGAGAUGUUACGAGUUGCCAGUUCAGGAUUAGGUAUUGGUCCCCAGCAAACUAUGCAGAUAGCUGAGAGAUUGUACACCCAGGGUUAUAUCAGUUAUCCUAGAACAGAAACCACACAAUACCCAGAGAACUUUGAUCUUGUGGGAACAUUGAAACAACAACAGAAUCAUCCAGACUGGGGGAGUGCUGUCAGAGAUUUGCUAAAUGAUGGAAUACAGAAACCAAAGAAAGGUAAUGAUGUCGGGGACCAUCCUCCUAUUACACCAAUGAAGUCAGCUACAGAGAGCGAGCUGGGACACGAUGCCUUUAGACUGUAUGAUUACAUCACUCGACAUUUUAUUGGCACUAUAAGUCCAGACUGCAGAUACUUGCAGACAGUUGUUUCAUUUGAAGUGGGUGGAGAACAUUUUACCUUCAGUGGUAAACAGCUGAUAGAUCCCGGCUACACUGCCCUGAUGACCUGGCAGGCUCUGUCCAGUGAUGAGAAAGUACCGGACUUAAAACGGGAACAACAGUGUCCAGUCAAUGAUGUUAAAUUGUCAGAGAGACUAACCAGUCCACCGGACUACCUGACCGAGGCAGAGUUGAUCACCCUCAUGGAGAAGCAUGGAAUUGGAACUGAUGCCAGUAUACCAGUCCACAUUAACAAUAUCUGUGAGAGAAAUUACGUAACCAUUCAGGCUGGGAGAAAAUUGAAACCUACAACUCUUGGUGUGGUACUCGUUCAUGGUUACCAGAAGAUUGACGCAGAUCUAGUCUUACCAACAAUGCGUUCAGCAGUGGAGGAACAAUUGAACCUGAUCGCCCACGGCAAGGCCGACUAUGAGGCAGUGCUACAACAUGGCAUCAGCAUAUUUCACCUCAAGUUCAAAUAUUUCGUACAGAAUAUUGCUGGAAUGGAUGAACUGUUUGAAGUCUCCUUCUCACCCCUUGCUGCAUCAGGCAAACCUUUGUCAAGAUGUGGUAAAUGUCGAAGAUUUAUGAAGUUCAUUCAGGCGAAGCCAAGUCGGCUCCAUUGUUCUUCAUGUGACGAGACGUAUAAUGUACCACAGAAUGGUAACAUUAAAUUAUACAAAGAACUAAAGUGUCCUCUCGAUGAUUUUGAAUUGGUGCUUUGGACUACAGGAGCUAAGGGAAAGACCUACCCGCUAUGCCCAUACUGCUUCAACAACCCACCGUUCAAAGACAUGAGAAAAGGUCAAGGUUGUAGCGAGUGUACACACCCUACAUGCCAGCACUCUGUGGCUCAUACAGGUGUGUCAGAGUGUGUAGAAUGUGAGAAUGGAAUACUCGUUCUGGAUGUGACAUCAGGACCUAAAUGGAGAAUGGCGUGUAAUAAGUGCAAUGUUGUCAUAAACUUCUUUGAGAAUGCUCAUAAAGUCAGUUUAUCGGAAGAUUCUUGUGAAGAUUGUGGAUCCAACCUUAUGGAGGUUGAUUUUAGCAAGGGCAAGACACCGUUAGAAGAUGGAAAAACAGAGCAUACUGGUUGUGUUUUUUGUGACCCUAUUUUGAAAAACUUAGUUGAGAAACACCAUGCCAAAAUGAGAGUACGGUCUGCUGGGGGAAGGGGUAGAGGAGGGCGUGGUCGAGGUAGGGGUGGGCGUGGCAGAGGAAGAGGGCGUGGCAAGCCAAAAGACAAAAUGGCACAGCUUGCAGCUUAUUUUGUAUAGGAAUAAGAUAAAUGUCAUUAUAAUAACUUGUAGCUAGCCAAACAAAACAUUAAUACCUGAUUACUUUUGCUCCGAUAUAGUGAUUUAUGAGGAGUAUUUAGGCUGUGGUUCGUCGCCAUCUCAUAAUAUAAAAUUUUAUCAGCCACAUUGGAAGGAUGAAGCAUCAUACUAUUAUGACUUAUUUUUUAUAAUGAGAAAAAAAUUAACAUUUCGUCACCUGAAAAACUAUUUGUCGUAACAACCAGUUUUCAUUUCUAGAGAAAAAUGGGACUUAAAGUUUGAAUUUGCAUAAAAAAUUUUAUCUUUAAAGCUGUCUAACAAAUUCAAAGGCUGACAUUAUAAUGUAUCUUAAACUGUAUUUUGGUCAUAGGUAUAUAUGUCUUGUUUACUGAUUUUGUGAGGAAGGAAAAGAACUUUUGAAAUAUUUUGACUAUUAAACAUACAUGUUUAGGAAUAUAAGCUGGUGAUUCAAAAAAGAAUACUAUAUAUAUUUAAUGCUUUAUCUUAGUGGAAAACAGUUACUGAAUUAAUUUCAGACAUACAAACACAGAAACAACACAUUUUAUUAUUUUGAAUUCACUGGAGAAAUGAUCACAAUAAUAUGUUGUAUAAGUUGAAGAGAUAAUAAAAAAAGAAAAAAAGGAUCUUCACUUAUAUUAAAUUUGACCCAAUAGUAUGACAACUCUUUUAUAUAUUGUUAAGAGUAAUUGUAUCAAGGGUAUUUUUGUAUCAGCUUUUUAUAAUAAAAAGUCAACUUAGAAUAUA